AGUGGUGUUUUCCAUUAGCCUGUCUGCCUCCGGCUGCGCUGCUCCAGUGUCAGAGGCUCAGUUUGUCUUUUAUCAACAAGAGAAGAUUUAAUCCAACGUUUCCAACAUGUCGAAAGAAGAACAGUGAGCGAGACACCGACGAGGAAUGAACUGAAACCCGCUCGGACCCAACAUGGCGAUCAGGGAGCUCAAAGUCUGUCUCCUGGGGGACACUGGAGUAGGGAAGUCCAGUAUUGUUUGCCGGUUCGUUCAGGAUCAUUUUGACCACAACAUCAGUCCCACAAUAGGGGCAUCGUUCCUGACCAAGACAGUGCCAUGUGGACACGAACUGCACAAAUUCCUGAUCUGGGAUACAGCGGGACAGGAAAGGUUCCACUCUUUAGCUCCUAUGUACUACAGAGGAUCGGCUGCUGCUGUCAUUGUCUACGACAUAACUAAACUGGACUCUUUCCAGACACUGAAGAGGUGGGUGAAGGAGCUGAAGGAACACGGUCCAGAGGACAUUGUCGUAGCCAUAGCAGGAAACAAGAACGAUUUAGGAGACAUCAGGGAAGUUCCAAUGAAGGAAGCGAAGGAGUUUGCCGAAUCAAUUGCAGCUAUUUUCAUCGAGACCAGCGCCAGAAAUGCUGUGAAUGUCGAGGAGCUCUUUCAGAAAAUCAGUAAACAGAUUCCACCUCUAGAGAAUCCUGACGUGGACAGCAACGAAUCCUUCCAACUCAACCGGCAGCCCGCUCUGUCUGCCAGGAGAUGCUGCUAGGAACAACAGAGGAGAUGACUUCCUUCCGCGUCAGGGACCCCACCAGCACUGCUCAUCGUCCACAACAUGCACGCUGUCUUCACACAGGUGAAAGACAGGCCAGUGCACAGACAGAUGUCCGCUUGCACAUGAGGUUCACCUGCAGCAUGAGACAGAAAACCUGCCAGCAGUGUUAAUAUUGGUCAUUAGGAAGCAGGAAACAUUCAGUUUGUCCCCCUCAGGUGGUGUUUUGCCUGAAUUACAUCAUUUUGUUUGCGAUUUAAUACGAAGUUCAUUACAAAAGGCAGUUUUAUCCCUCUAUCGUUAAUAAUUUUACAAUUUAACACAAAGUAUUUACAAGCCACCUGGAUGUUGAGCUCUAUGAAGCUGGGUUUUGGCGGCUGAUGCACCUACAGUUUUAUUGCAAGAGUCAACUGCUCUGUAGAUUUCCAUUGCACUGUGGCUCUUCAAUUGCACAAACACAUUUAAUGAACGUUUUUAUAUUGAUUUUGUAUUAUCAAGUCCACACUUUUGCUUCUCGUGGAGCCUUUGUGUUUGUGUCUGUCUCUCUAUAUAUAGAUUUCUUUUUUGUUGAAUAUUUGUAUAAGAGGAUGUUGAGGUUGAACUUCGGACGAGAAUUCAGUUGUGUAUCUCAGACGCAGAGGCUUUACAUUCCACUCUUUUGUCCAUUUGCUGCGUAAGUGUUUGACUGUAUUGCUGCAGAAUAACCAGCUUAGAGGCCUUAAUUGUACUAGCGGUGUGUUACCCCCUGUUCAAACACUGUGACCAAUGCUAGGAUUGUUUACAUAGUGAUUUGUUAAAGAUGUUUUCUACAUGCUGAAGUGUGUUGUCAGGAGAUUUCACUACAGGGAAUGACUGUAUACAACUGCCAAACAUAAGAAGUAUCUCUACCUGAAAAAGGGUCACAGUUAAUACUGUUCGGGAAGUGAAAAGACCUGCAUGUGUUUUAUUCUUAACAAGUCUGUAGCUGUUUGAGUUUUUAAGAAGAGAUUGUGUUUUGUGUCUACUAACCGAAUUCGAUAAGAAUUACGGGAAUAUAUUUGUGCAAAAAAGUGGAAAUGUGAUGACAAUGAAAGUUACUUAGCAAAAUGAGAUUAUGUAGAGUGUUGCUGCUGCUUCGUUUGCAGCAUUGCUCUUGGAUUUGACCACUCGAGAAAUGUUAAACAGCACUUUGGCUGCAUUGACCUCAGUAUUCGUUACAAAUUUUUUUGAAUGUUGAAAGUUACUGUUACUUUAUAACAAUAGCGAUUGAUCGAUUAACAUGGACAACGUGGAUUUAAAUGUUAUCAGUAUUCUGGUUCCACAUUUCAUGACCGUUAAAAAUAUGUUUACAUUUAUUCUUUGUCCCUUUAGAAAAAUAUAUUAUUCUAUCCACUUUCAUUGGUUAGUGGAGCUCAGUUAACUGUAGGACCAGCAGGUACUGUUCCAUCUAUGCAAAGUCCCACCAAACUGCAUUUUUAAAUUUUCCAAUUACUGAUAAGUAUGUCAAAGUUUACUAGCAGUUCAACUAAAACUUUUUUUUUGUAUGCAAUCUGGCUUGACCUCACUUCCACACUGACAGACAAGGACAUAUUGAGAAAUGACAUUUCAUGUGAGGUUACUUGUUGCUGUUUCCAACCAGAACUUUAUGUCCUCCACGCAAGUGCCUUUGUUUUUCUAAAUAAAUUUGUCAUGGCUAAAAAAGGUAUCCUGCAAGAAUAAUGCAUGAAUUACUAAAUCAGACUAUCUGUACAUAACAGAUAACAGAACGUUACCUGCAGCAAUCCUUAGACUGUCAUGAUUCCCUGUAUCCUCUUUUUAACUUUUGUAUAUUAAUCAAUGUAAUAAAGAAAUAAUUAUUCUC